AUGUCUUCGCUCGAAAACGCUGCGUGCGACGACCAAACGUUUCUUGGGUCGUCUUGGCAGGGUCUGAGACGGCCCGAACGCUCGAACUCGGUUCAAUCGUACACCAACUCGUCCACACAGGACUCGAUGUGGAACAUCGAGUUGCUGGAGCCCGAUUCGACGUACGAGCCCGCAGUCAUCGCAUCUCCGCCGUUUGCAAGCUUCAGUGCACCAGCGUCGAGACCCAACUUCGUGAAAGCCAACUCGUACUCCGAGGGCGUCCACGAUCUUGACGAAAUGUCACACUAUCUGUCCUCUAGUGUGUCGUCGGCCCAUUCGCAUUUGCAGUCUGCGACUGCUCCCUACAGUUCACGGCGUCGUGUUCAGAGCCGGCUUUUGGGCCAAUCCAAAAACCCUUACGUUCUUCAGCAAAGGAGACCCUCCUACGACCAGGACUUGCGUCUUUAUUCCCGUCCCAGCUUACCGUACGACGCUCCAGUGGCGUUUUCUGACCACACACCACAGAUCUCUCAAUUCGACGAGUACAUCGAUUCUCGUCACACUCAUGGACACAACUACGGGUACGAAAACAACCAGGGUGUUUCCGUUGCCCGCGCAAACGAACAAAAGCACCACCCUUAUCUCCUUUCCCAGCGGCCCGAACCAAACUCGUGCCAGCACCAUCAGCAUCAGCAUCAACCUCAGUCUCAACUUCAGGCCCAGCACCAUUACCAGUACCAGUACCAGUGCGAGCACGAUCAUGACAAACAUGACGAGCACGAUCAUGACAAACAUGACGAGCACGACGAGCUUGACGACCCCUGCCAGCACCAACACCAGCAUGAGCACCAGCCCCGGCAAAAUUACCAUAAGCAGUAUCAGCAUCAAAACCAUCAGCACCAAAGCCGGUCUUACCACUACCAAAGCCAUGGAGAGGUUACAUAUGCCUCAGUCCAACCCACACCGCAGCUGCUGGCCUGUAAUGAAACUAGUACAUACGCACCGUGGCAGGUAACACCUACAAGUAGCCUCUCCGAUAUACCGCGGGUCGACUACUUUGAAGAUCUGUCAGGGUCGCUGAACCUGGACUCCAGCGCAAGAUUUCAGUCCUCGGGUCUAGAUUCUAGCCCCCCGCCUGCACCAACAACAACGACCAGCUCGGCUUAUUUUCCAGACACAAUAGCCACUGCACCAGAUGUGGCCCCGGAGUUGGAGUCCGAAAGUGAGGCCGCUGUCAUGGAGGACAACGAUGGUCUUGAAGAUCGCUUUUACCAGUCGUUCAACAACCCUGUACAGAGAAUUUCGAACUCGAAGCACGAAUCCGUGUACGAACAGCUUAUCAACGACAAGCCUCUCAUGGAGGCUCUGUCGAAGCGUGUCAAAAGAGGAUAUUACAGGUGCGCUCACUGUCCUAAGAUGUUUUCUAGCGUUCUUGAUUACGCCAAACACAUCGACGAGUUUGAGAUUCAACGCGACUACAAAUGUCCCUUCGUGUUGUGCCCUUGGAAAAUACUAGGUUUGCCAAGACGUCCCGAACUGCGCCGUCAUUGUGCCAUACAGCACAAGAUGGAAAUACCAAUGGAGCUGAAGGCCUCGCUCAAAUUGGGCGAAUCGGACUUCCCCAUAAUGGAAUGCCCUUCGCCAUACUGCGACAAAAGCUUUUUCCGCCGUGACUCGUAUGCCCGCCAUGUUGCAAUGGUUCACGAAAAGGCUGACAGUCGUUUUAACAGAAGGCUGAACAAAGUGUUAUCGGAGUGUCCCUUCGCAGUGGGCACGCAAGAGCACAUCGACUGCGUGCGUGCGGAGAUGACCAAGACCAAGAGAAGACUUAAGCCGUGA